AUGAUCAACAGAGCAAAAAUGUCGUUGUUUGAGGGCGUCGCCGUCGUGACGGGUGCUGCCUCCGGGAUCGGCCGGCAAGUCGCCAUCUCCUUCGCCCGCGAGGGCUGCAAACGCAUCGCGCUCCUCGACAAGGACGAGGACGGCCUCUCCGAGACGGCGCGCAUGUGCCGCGAGGCCAACGGCGACGCACGCACUUUCGUCAUUGAGAUCGACAACCGCAACGAGGACGACGUCUCCGCGGGCAUGGAGUACGUAACGGAGGAAUGGGGUAGGAUCGACUACGCCGUGAACUGCGCCGUGAGUGCUCAUGAGGAGCCAGGCAUGUUUGGGCCGAUGGCCCCCUCUCACCUCCUGACGACCGCCGAGUUCGAUGAGAUCACGACCACGAACUACCGCGGGACCUGGCUGUGCUCGAAAGCCGAGCUCACGCAGAUGAUCAAGCAGGAGCCCCUGAAGACGCACGAUGGCAGGCCCGGAAAUAGGGGGGUCGUCGUCAACGUGGCCAGCAACUUGAGCCUGGUGAGCCGGCCAGAAACUCCGGCGUAUAGCGCGUCAAAGGCAGCCAUCUUGAGCCUGACGAAGAGCGAUGCCGUCGAUUAUGCCAAGUAUAACAUUCGCGUCAACUGCGUCUGUCCCGGGAUCAUCGACACGCCGAUGACGAGCGAGGUAUCCAAAGACGACCCCAUCAUCGCGGUCGCACCGAUGAAGCGCAAAGGUACGCCACAAGAGGUCGCCGAUGCCGUGUUGUUUCUCUGCAGCUCUAAGGCCACUUUCAUUCACGGGGCCGCGUUAUCGGUGGACGGAGGCUAUGUGGCCAACUAA